GUCCUAGGUAUAACCGAUCGAGACACGGUUGCGUCUCGGUUUCGUGCUCCUGUUCCCGUCUUCAUUUGCGCCUCUGGUGAUACCGUCAUCCCCUUAAAAUAUAAAGCGAAGGAGAGUCUCGAAAAGUCUUUCGUUGGAGCUGGAGCUGGUUUCCUCAUAGUUACAGGGAUUUUUCUUUGACAAUCCCAACUCCCAAAAUCCCAGUCCCGUAGACAUCGUAUAUUCUUAUGCGUCUGUCGUCGAAAGAAUCUCAACUGCAUUCUCCGUUUCUAGUUGUCCCCUCAUUAUCUGGAGCUGAGCACGUUGAUCACGGUGUGAUGUGAUGUGAUACCGUGAUGCUUUGUACUCGUCCGCUUCCCAUCUUUCUUCUAGCCUUUGCAGGACUAGCUCUGCGGUCAGCAUCGGCGGAGGAGAAUGGAGCAAGAGACGGAAAUGGAAACUUGUGUUCAGGGAAUAAGAUGUAUUGUUCACGGACUCAAAGUUGUGUGUCGAUCGAGGACGAGUGUGUGGCACCAGCUGGCACUGGAAAUGGCAUCAUCUGCCCUCCUGGAAUGUUGUACUGCCAAGCGACAGGACGAUGCAUCCCAGCGAAUCUUGACUGCCUGGAUGAUCAGGAAGACCCCGCGACAGAAUUUCCAUGUCCCCCCGAUAAGGUGUAUUGCAUGGCUCUUGAGAGAUGCAUCCCACAUGAGAGCCCUUGUUCCGAACACGAUACAGAUACAGAACCAAGCACGUUUCUUGAUUCCUGUCCAGCUGGAGAGGUAUAUUGCGUGGAGGAAGAAAGCUGUAUCCCAGCUGAUGCCUCUUGUGGUGAGCAAAAAGGCAAAAGUAGGAUCACCACCAGCUCUUGCCCAAUUGGCACGCUACUUCGAGACCGAGAAAAACAAGGAAAAGGCCUUUUCCUGCUCGUCCGGGAAGGUGUAUUGCCAGGCGUCUGGGAAGUGCGUGGAGAUUGGGGAGGAAUGCAUGUUCAACGAGGGAGACAACAAUGUCUGCGCGCCUGGGAUGGUCUACUGCUCUGUGAGCGAGACGUGCGUGGAGCCAGAUUUUCCGUGUGAAGACAUGGAUGAAUCCGAUGGGGACACGGAUGAAUCCGAUGAAAAACUGGAUGCAUGCCCUCUGAACCAUGUGUGGAAUGCAGAAUGUGAAGCCUGCACUCCCAUGAAUUUAACAACGAGAGAUCAAUGCGACUUGGUCCAGGGAAUCUCAUUCGGCGCAGACUGUCUCGAAUCCGAUCAGUGUCCUGAUGGGGCAAUUUGCUGCCCCACCGGGUCGAAAGGCUUCACGUGCAUCGGGAAAGACGGUAAACCGACGGGGCCAUCUCAAAAUUCGACGAAUUGCGAGACAGAGUAUUUUCAGCCCACCGGCGCCGUCUGCAAUUCAAAGUCCGAUUGCCAAAAUUUGGAGUUUUGCUGCCGAGGAUUCUGCUACGUUUCCCGGGUCGUCCAUCUUCUCGGCUCCUCCCCUUCCACUUCCUCUCAUCGCCGCAGGGAAUGCUCCACACACGAACAGUACUGCAGUCUGUCGGAGAGAUGCCAGAGUGUUACAUCCACGUGUGGGGAACCCUGCAUUCCCACCACAGUUCUCUGCAAGCCCAAUGCCAUGUGUGCCCUCGAGGCUGCUUGCCCCAUGAAAGCCGAGACACCCGUAGCGAGGACCAUCGUGGCCGUGGUUCUCCCGAGCGGGGGAGCCCUCGUCAUGAAUGCUCCGGAGGUUCUCACGGCCCCAGAAGACAGUGCUGCAACUUUCAGUAUUAGCGACAGUUUCAGUGUCGCCUGGCAAGGAAUCGACAGGUCCCCCUCGAAACUCCAGAACUUCCAGACUCUCCGCCAGGAGUUACAGGGCAUGGUGAAGCAGAUAGGGAGCCUGGAAGGAAUAAAGGCAUAUCACAUCGUAGCAGCUGCCCUCGACCUGCCCCUUCGGCUCGGUCUCGUCGUGGAGUUCAAAGACAAACCCAACACGAGAUCCGAAAUCCUUGGCCAGCUCGAGGUGUUCCAUCCCGAAGACAGGAGAUGGGAAGUAAUUGGCCCGAGGGAUUCCGCAUUGGUGAAGACGAGUCAGGGAUCCUUGAUGCGAUUUAAACCCAACGGCAACUUCCAUGGAGAGGUCACGUUCCUCGUACGACCGUUCAGUCAAAUUGACGAGCUCACCUGGUUCGGAGAUUCCAAGGAGGUUCUUCUCAAGAUCGAGUCCUUGAACGAUGCACCAAAGUCGAAGCUGACCUUCAAUCCGUUGGAAUUUCCAUCGAUGCCCCUACAAGGACCCGAUCCUGGAAUGUAUGUCCGGGAUGUGGUCUCCGUCUUCUACGAAGAUCCAGACGGAGACGAUCUCGGCAUGUCCAUCCUGUACGCGGAUGUAUCCAGCCUCGGUCGAUGGCAAUAUUCCCCCGAUAACGGAAACGCUUGGAAUAACAUCGCACUGUCAGACCAUGUUCAUCCCGUGCCGGAGAAGCUCCAGAUAUCUCCAAGCUACUUGGGUCCGGUAAAGGCGGUGGACGUCAUCCGUAAUACCAUCUGUGACACGACCGCGCAAACACCAGAAGUGGAUGUAUUCUCUCAGAACCUGAAAUGUAUGAACCUUUACGGGGAUUCUGAUCGCCUGUCGGAAGCCUAUAUGUCGUUCCAACAACAAAAUGCGGGGCUUCAGGCCACAUCGGCCGUAUUUCCUCUCGGCACUGGAAACGUUGCCUUGAAAUUCAACACCACUACCGCCUUGUUGCUCGGUCCGAAGUAUAAAAUCCGAUUCAAUCCAAACCAACAAAUGGAAUGGUCACUUUCGGAAGCGAUGAGAAAGGCUCGAAUCGCCUUCACCGCGUGGGAUAUGACUGAUGGAAGGAAACCCGGAGGCACCAUCCAGAUGGAAAUCCCCGUCUGCGUCACGAAUUGCGGAAAAUCUGGGAGUCUGUCGGCCGACAUCACGGUAGCAUACGCACGGCAGCGAGAUUGCACUGGCGGGCCUUCCGUCGGAACUCCGCUGGCCGUAGACCAAUGUGGAGUCUGUGGAGGGGAUGGAACCUCGUGCCUGGACUGCAAUGGGAAGCCUUCCGGAGGUGCAAUCUGGAGGUGUGGUACGUGCGUGGGAGCGGGUGUAGGGUCGGAUGCGGAGGAAGCCUUGUUGGAUUGUGCAGGGGAAUGCAUCUUGGGUAGAAAGCCUCAAAACGAAAUCAUCCAGAAGGCAAAUCUCUCCAUCUGCAUCCCCACCUCCAUGAACCAGUCCUUCACCUUCUGCGACGGUUCCUCGAAUUCUGGCGCUUUCAUCGACAUAUGCGGAGACUGCAAGAGCCGGGGUGUCGAACCGGUGAUGGCUUGCAGCAAAAUCUGUUCUGUAAAUGGCAGUUCUCUCUGUGUUGGUUGCAACGGCGAGCCUCUCUCCGGCUGGGAAACGGAUAUGUGUGGCAAAUGUCACAGUCCAGAAAGUCCGGGCGUCAACGAUUGCGUGAGUAUUUGGGACUGGACUCCGCAUGCAUUCGACCGAGCCAUGUAUGCACUCUCCGACGUGGACCCUCAAUUGAUCCUAAUUGGAGCCGGACUCAGUCGUAACUCCUUCCUCAAGGCCGACUGCUACUUGAAACACGAAAGCGGAACGAUAGUGGACGUGAAAGGAAGCGAAGUGUACACAGGAAAGAUCUUGAUCAAGCUGAAGGCCUUCAACGACUCCUGGCCUUUAUUGGGAGGGUAUGGGAUCCAUUGCGUGUUGAAGAGAGUUGGGAAGGAAGUGGAAUUGGAUGGGAACCCGAGUCGAUGGCUGGACGUGGUGGACAGCCGAAACCUUGCGACCACGAGCAUCUCUCCUUCCUCUCCCGUCGUCGGAUCUUCUUUUGAGCUCGUGGCGAAAAGCUCGGGGCAGGUAAAGAGGGACUACGGAGGCUCCUGUUUCCUUUUCUUGGAAUCCACCGGCGAGAUAUUCUCAACUCCCAGUGUACUUGGUCCAGAUGGACAAUCAUUCAAAUGUAAUGCGACGUUUGGACGAGUCGUGAAACUCAAAGUUGGCUUUUCCUUCUUGGCUGGCAGCGAGCCAUUCCUCCUCGGCGCCUCGAUGAAAGAAGUGACAAUCAAAGACUCGAACCCGGUCGCUCCGGGAAUCACGUAUUCCGAAGACUUGAGGAAAAUCUUCAUCGUCUUCGACCGGAACGUCAAGGCUAUUUCGGGGACGAACGAAAAUUUUUGCGCCCGUCUAGUCAGCGGACAGAAUUGGUUGUCGGGUUGGAAUUGCGAGAUAGUUGGGAAUCUGUUGGAAUUGGAGGGGAACGUGAGUACGUUGACCCAGAAAGUGAGUUUGAAUUUGGGUGCGGCUGGUGGACUCCAGAGAGCCGGAUCUCUUCCCCAAUUGGCUGCCGCACUCAACAUGACUGUCACUGUCACUCCACCCACAGCAGCGAACUAUCUCAUCAUCCCCGAUAUCCAACUUUCGGGAGGAGGGAAAUUGUGUGGCUCUGGCGCCAGCAGUUUCUUCGUCAUGUCGACAUCGGGUGAAGCUGGGGGAAGUCUGGAAUUCACUUGGAACAUUUCCGUCGCCAAUCAGGAUAAAUUGGACGCUGGGACCAUUCAAACGGCUGCGACGGCGAUCCAAGGACUCAAUCUUCCCCGCCUUCCUACGUCCACUCGUCAAAUUACAUUCCAGACCGACAACUUUCCGAGUGCGAGUGGAAAUGGGAAUGCGACAGUGGUGGAAUAUCAAGUGGCAGUGACUGCCAGGAAUUGGAUCGGUCAUCAAAACACCCUGCUCAGGGGUUUCACCCUUCUACCUCAGAACAAUAUGGGAAUCUCCGCCUUCAUUCGUGGCCCUUCGAAUAUCCUUGCAGAUGGCAUUUACAAUUACGAAAUGUUGGCCUCGUCUUGCCAAGGACCUAAUGCCAGCGUGACCUUUUCGUAUUUCUGGUCCUUGGACGGGAUCGGAGAGGAGGUGCUGACGAGUACAUCGGGGAAUCGAGUUUCAUUGAAAAAAGACGUUCUCCUCCCAGGUCGGACUUACACCUUGAGAUGUUUGGCCGUCUCGGAUGAUACCUUAGGUCUUGCCACCCAAGCGAUUUUGAUGUUGAACGUGCAAAGAGGUCGGAUCCCGAUGGACUGGGCGGAAGGAAAUUCCUGGAUGGAUGUGUUGCCAGAAGCUCGAAUGGGAGCCAAGGGAUACCAGAUGCUCUUGAAGGCAUUCCCCUCCCAGUCUGAGGCAACGUGGACCUGUGGGAAGAUCACGGACCAGGCCACCCUCCCCUGUCUUGUCGGCCCUAACCUGGAAAGACUAGAGAAUCAUUGGAGGCAAGAUUUCUCCAUUCUUUCUGCUACUUCUGUCCGACUCCCAAUCGGGAUCUAUGAAUUGGGAUGGACGGGAAAAGAAGAUUCUAAUGAGGAAUAUCGAAUGAGAUGGAAAUACGUGCAAGAGGAUUCGAUACCCGAAAUCACCGUGCCGGCUCUAUUCUAUCGACUAGACAUUGGAAAUGACUUGGUGAUCCGUGCCAGCAUCAGCAGCUCUUCUUCCCUCUUUGCCUACUGGGAGGCACUUCAGAGACCCGGUUUCGGGUACUUGGACGUGUCGCUGUUGAAGCCGAAGCAGUCGUUUUUGAUGGCUUCAUCGUCUCGGGAAUUCAAUUUGGUGAUCUCAGGGAACAUGGCGAACGACUUGGCAUGGAACACCCCAUAUCUCUUCCGUUUACAUGCAAUCCGAGACGGGAAAGAGGCUUACCUCGACGUCCUCGUCGUCACGAAUGCCCCUCCCCAAUACGGCAGCUUUCGCGUGGCACCGGUGGAAGGCAAAGCUCUGGUGACCAACUUCCAGUUCACCGUGGACAAGGAUUGGCUGGAUUUUUCGUGGGACAUGCCAUUCUCCUAUCGGUUCGGAUAUGUGUGGGACUCAACGGAGCCUCCUAAGUGGUUCGGGAAUACUCCUCUUUCCGUCCCCGUGCUGGAGACGACCUUACCCGGAGAUCCGAAGAAACCGAAUUUGAUCCCCGUGAUGGAAGUAUGCGAUGCCCAUUCGGCGUGCCAGGUUACAUUCGGCUCUCCCAUCCAACUCGGGAUCCCCACCUCCCUCUCCCUGGCUCAACUCAGUGACUUGACGAACCAGAUGCAGGAAAUGAGAUCCGAAGACCCAUUCGCAGCUCUUAGCCUUGGAAGGAGCCUUCUCAAUACCCUUAGGCAAAUGAACAGUAGUCCAGAAGCCAUUCAGUCGAUGGAAGCCCUCGUCCAAGAAGGUCUUCGUUCCUCUCUUCAGGACUUUAAGCUUCGACUGAUGGGAAAUCCAAAGACUCUGGAUACUGGGAUCAAUUUCUUGGGAGAAACAUCCAGUACCGUUCGAGACAUGAAGUUUGUUGACAAUUCAACCAGGGACGAGAUAGGAAGUCUCUUGAGCGUGAUCACCGAGAAUUUGAUGGCUCCUCAGACACAGAAUCUCGUGGCAGUCGAAGGGUCGGUCGGGGAGCUCUUGACCAGUGCCAGUUCCAGACGCAAGAGGAUGGUAAAGAGAGAAGUGAGAACGUCGACUGAGAGCAGUUGGGCGAAGUACCUUCCGGACUUCGUCAUAGGAACGAACAAUCGAGAAAAGAGAGCGAGCGGGGAACUCCUGUCCUCCGGGUCGUUGGCCUCAACGGCUGAUUAUUUCACUUCCUCCAAGCCCUUCACCAUUGAAAAUGCGAAGAUAUUCCUGUCGGCAGCGGAGCUGACGAACAUGAAGCCCCAGGAUAUGAUCCUCCAGCUUCACGUUUGGAUGAGUGGAUUGUGUCAAACGCUGGUGACAGUAGGUCAGUCCGUCACUCUUUCGAGCGAAAGCUUGAAAGUGAGCCUGUCUGUAAGCAAGGAGAGCCUGGAAGGGAAAGCAGGCGAGGAAUUCACUCUCAUCCCUGCCAACGACACCUAUCUCGACUCAUCCGUCCCGGUGAUGAUGAACAGCGAUCUCGUGGACGCGUAUUCCUCGUGGGAUUGUCGUGGGGAUCAUGGGUCCUGCGACACGGUGUGCUUGGCCGGGGCUUCUUCCGAUCAGGACUACCUCGCCGCUGUCGCGAACGACCUUAACGCGAAAUACAAAGAACGAAGGAGCGACGUCUACGAGGUGCGGAUGAUCGAUGAUGCCAAUGGGAAACUGAUUGGGCAGUCCUCGUUCAAGGAUCCCCUGAAGAUCAUCUUGCCGGUGAAAGACACCAGCGUUCCACGCGACUUCCGCAUCCACUGUUUCUUCACGGAGAGGCCUGGCACGACUUGGGACAACGGGACCUGCACGUCCAGGAAUGUCAAGUUGGAUGGUGGGAACUACGUUGAAUGCUCUUGCCCCCACCUCGGAUACGUCAGGGCAGGGACAGAACUCGACAACUUCAGGGUCUGGAUCGACAACGACAGGAUCGGGAACGACUGGGUCAGGGACGACCGGAACGGGAACGACCGGGUCAGGGACGACCGGAACGGGAACGACCGGAACGGGAACGACCGGAUCGGGAACGACCGGAACGGGAACGACCGGAUCGGGAACGACCGGAACGGGAACGACCGGAUCGGGAACGACCGGAACGGGAACCACUGGGACAGGGACGACCGGUACAACCGGGACGACUGGGGACGACUGGGACGACCGGCGUACGACGCAUUGAAAGAGAAGGCAAAGACAGGCAUGAAUUUCACUCUCCCCACUGGGGAAACGCUCACACUUCCUCCCCAGAAUCUCGAUGGCUCCAUGAUCGGUUCCGAAAAUUCGCCCAAGGAUUACACGAUCCCGUUGAUCAUCGGAUGCGUGGCUGGAGUCGUGAUCGUCCUCAUCAUCGUCUUCGUCAUUUUUGCCAUUGUGACCAAGAACAGGAAGAGGAGCCAGAAGAUUCGACCCCUCGGUAACAGCUUGAGUUCCGGACCCACGACUUAUAGGACACCUCAGUUUGAACAGAGCUUGGAAGGCUUUGCCGGCUCCUACGGUGUAUACCAGAAACGGGGUGACAUGGUGAACUCUCCCCGAUUCGGGACGAUGACGGAGGAGGAGGUCUACGUGGAAAGGAAGGUCGCCGAGCACAUGAAGACGGUGGACUGGAGGGCAACCGGGAAUCGACGCAACAGCCUCAGUUUCCGCCGUCCCUCCGUCGUCCCUUCUCCCAUGACUUAUCAUUCCCCAACUCCCACCAGCCCCAACAAGGAGCUCUAGUGAUGAGGAGACGAUGCGGCGGAAACGGCGACACACCUGUCUGCAUAUCAACAUAUAUCUUCGGGGUUCGGGGAUCUCUCUUUCUCUCACUUUGUUCUCCCUCUCUUCUUAUUCGGGUGCCUUCUGUUCUAUUUCUUUAUUUAUCGACCUUUCAUUUCCCGAAUAAAUUUUCUUGGGUUUUUGCUCCCCUGCAUACAAA